GGGCCUUCUCACUUUCUCGCUUUAGACAGAUGUCGGCGCUCGACACUGAAUUGUCACCCCGCUGCACGCGUCAGUCGAAUGCUGAUUCUUCAAUAAAUGUAAUAAAUAAUUAUUGCGAGCGAAUUUCAGCAUCGCGAUGGGGAUACUGGAGAAGAUCUCGGAAAUCGAGAAGGAGAUCGCGCGUACGCAGAAGAACAAGGCCACCGAGUAUCAUUUGGGCUUGCUGAAAGCGAAACUCGCCAAGUAUAGGUCCCAGCUUCUGGAACCGGCGAAAAAGUCGGAGAAGGGCGAAGGUUUCGACGUGCUGAAAUCGGGCGACGCCAGAGUUGCAUUAAUCGGCUUCCCGUCGGUUGGCAAAUCGACUCUACUCAGUACUUUGACCGCCACUCAAUCGGAGGCUGCGUCUUACGAAUUUACCACCCUGACAUGUAUCCCUGGUGUCAUCGAGUACAAAGGUGCCAAUAUACAAUUGCUGGAUUUGCCUGGUAUAAUCGAAGGAGCGGCACAGGGAAAAGGACGAGGGAGGCAGGUCAUAUCUGUCGCUAGAACGGCAGAUUUGGUACUUAUGAUGUUGGAUGCAACCAAGCAAGACGUUCAGCGACAACUGUUGGAAAAAGAGUUGGAAUCGGUUGGCAUAAGACUUAACAAGAAAAAGCCGAAUAUAUAUUUUAAGGUGAAGAAGGGCGGUGGUUUAGCCUUCAACUCGACAUGUCCCUUGACAAAAGUAGAUGAAAAACUAGUUCAAAUGAUUCUACAUGAAUAUAAAAUCUUCAACGCCGAGGUGCUGUUUCGCGAGGACUACAGCGCUGAUGAAUUGAUCGAUGUCAUUAACGCGAAUCGAGUGUACUUGCCCUGCCUUUAUGUAUAUAACAAAAUAGAUCAAAUAUCGAUAGAGGAAGUCGAUCGAAUCGCUAGGCAACCCAAUAGUGUCGUAGUUAGUUGUAAUAUGAAGUUAAAUCUCGACUUUCUGCUGGAAAUAUUAUGGGAAUACUUGAGUUUGAUAAGGGUGUAUACAAAAAAACCUGGACAACCACCUGAUUUUGAUGACGGUUUAAUAUUGAGAAAAGGGGUGACAGUGGAGCAUGUGUGUCAUGCGAUUCACCGUACUCUCGCUCAACAAUUCAAAUAUGCCCUUGUGUGGGGCACAAGUACUAAAUAUUCGCCUCAGCGAGUAGGACUGCAACAUGUGAUGCACGAUGAGGAUGUUAUACAAAUAAUGAAAAAAUAAAUUCCAACAAAAUUCGUAAAGCCAUUCGUAAGAAAAUGUGAAUAGCAAUAUAGGCCUUACUUAGCCUUUUAUGUACAACAAAAGUGCGAACAGACUACACUGACAAAUUCAACCGUUUUAGAAUGAAUGUAUUUGAAUUAAUCUAUUUUAAGAAGCUUGUGGUUUGCAGACCUUGUUCCAAUAAAAUUUGUAAGAAAUGUAA